AUGUAUAACAGCUCGCUGCACCGCAAGGGCGGCAGGAUCCCCGUCCAGGACCUCGAGAGCCACUACGAGGGCGGGUACUUCAACAUCGACGCGACGAGCCCCCGCAUCUGGAACGCGAGCGACGUCAGGAACGGCGCCUGGACGGCAGUAUUCUCCGGCGCAGCGGGCGCGACGUACGGCGCGUGGUCGGUCUGGCAGUUCUGGAACCCGGCGCUGUACGCGGGUGUCGUCGCGGUGGCCCCGUGGCAAGAACAGCUCGUCCUCCCCGGCAGCGGGCAGUUCGUCCACGUGCAGAAUCUCCUGACGAACAAGACGCUGGGGCCGGGCAAGUACUACUUCGACAGGGUCCCGGACAACACGCUGGUCGCGAGCGCGCUGGGGGAGGGCGAGGAGAGGGUGAGCGCCACGCGGGACGCCAAGGGACGUUGGGCAGCAGUGUAUGCGCCGCAGGGGGAGAGCUUCCAGGUGAACCUGACCCGCCUAGGCGCGGCGGCAUCAAUCUCAGGGAAGGCGACGUGGACAGAGAGAUGGUAUGACCCGAGGACGGGGGAGUUUUGGGAGCAAAAGAGGCAGUCGGCAGAGUUGAAGGGAGCGAAAACUUACCAGCCCCCCUCUAGAGGAGGCAUCGACCAUGACUGGGUGCUCCUGAUAGACUCGCUCCAUUGA